ACCCGGCGGGACCCAGCAGCGUGCCCUGCUGAAGCGCCGACAAUGCGCCCAGCAGCGCAGCAGCCGCCAGUUCCGGGCGCCGGACAGGGGAGGUACCAUACUGUAAUUUUUUUUAAAAAAUAAUAAGACACCCCCCGAAAAUAAGCCACAGGCUUAUUUUCUUGAGGAAAAAAAGAUUAUAAGACAUGACUUAUAAUAUGAGAAACACGGUAUUGAGCUAUAAAAGCCAGAGGUGCUGAGGUUUUCAGUCAGAUCUGUACAGGUAGACUUAUUAACAAAAGCUGGUGACAGCAGUCAUGAAAUUAAAAGACGCCUGCUUCUUGGGAGAAAAGCAAUGACAAACCUAGACAGCAUCUUAAAAAGCAGAGACAUCACCUUGCCGACAAAGGUCCGUAUAGUUAAAGCUAUGGUUUUCCCAGGAGUGAUGUAUGGGAGUGAGAGCUGGACCAUAAAGAAGGCUGAUCGCCGAAGAAUUGAUGCUUUUGAAUUAUGGUGCUGGAGGAGACUCUUGAGAGUCCCAUGGACUGCAAGAAGAUCAAACCCAGAGGUCCCCAAACUAAGGCCCCGGGGCCGGAUGCGGCCCGCACGAGCCAAUUGUGCGGCCCCCGCCAACCCCCCCACCCGCUCUUACCGGCGUGCCACAGUGCGGAUGCCCAUCUCUGGGUCAGCACGGCGCAGAAGCUAUUUCCGGUGCCGUGCCGAACCGGAAGUGCACCAGAAAUUAUGUCUGCACAUGCGCAGAAGCCAUUUCCGGCACCACCCCGCACCAGAAAAAGCGAGUGCGUGUGUGUAUGGGAGCAUGUUCCCCUGCCCUCCGGCCCGUCGUGUGGCUGGCGCCGGAGGAACCGGCCCGAAGCCGGGUAAGUUUGGGGACCCCUGAUCAAACCUAUCCAUUCUGAAGGAAAUCAGCCCUAAGUGCUCACUGGAAGGACAGAUCCUGAAGCUGAGGCUCCAAUACUUUGGCCACCUCAUGAGAAGAGAAGACUCCCUGGAAAAGACCCUGAUGUUGGGAAAGAUUGAGGGCACUAGGAGAAGGGGACGUCAGAGGACGAGAUGGUUGGACAGUGUUCUCGAAGCUACGAACAUGAGUUUGACCAAACUGUGGGAGACAGUGCAAGACAGGAGUGCCUGGCGUGCUCUGGUCCAUGGGGUCACGAAGAGUCGCACACGACUAAACGACUAAACAACAACAAGUGGCUGUAUGAUUUGGUAAAAUUACGGAAGGAAUUUGAGAGUUGCACAGGCUGAUGUCUCAUCAGUUACUCAUACCCUGCUUUCUGCCACAAUCAGGGUGGAUAAAAAUCAAUGAUUUUUUUUAAAAAAUAUUUUAAAAAAUCGAAUUUUUUUAUUUAAAUCGGAUUAAGAUUAGUUUUUUAAUUAUGUAGAAUAAGGUUGUAUAUGUUUAAUUUUUUUGGUAAAUAAAUUACAUUAAUCCAUUCACAAUGUCAUGCUCUUCCAGAGGUUUUUGUAAGAUUAUUGGGCAGUUUCUCUGCCUGCAAGAUAUUAUCACAGAUGCUUGGUUUACUUUUGCAUUUCUCAAAACUGAAUUUGACUCAGCAGAGAUCACAUGCCUCUUCUUCACAGCAAAAAUGUUAUAACAUGAACAGAGUUGAGAAAAAGACCUUAAUCCUAUUGUUCUACAAACCUAUGAAUACAGAAUCAACCCCUUCAGUGCUAAGUUUCAAGAAGUUCAGUGAAUAGAAUAGAAACAAUAUUUUUCUGAUUGUUUGGAGUGGACAGUAUUUAAGUUUUUCAUGUGUAGGCUGGGCUGACAGUCUAAGUUUCUUAAAAUAUAUAUAUAUUGUUUUUGUUUAGCCAAAUUACUUAACAAACAUGGAUGUUUGUUUAAGCAAAUAACAUAUGCUGUAAUGUUAUUGUUUCAGUUGAAUGAAUCUACUUAAAUUGUUAUUAUUAAGGUAAUGAUUAUUUUUCUCCUUCCUAAGUACAUAAGAAAAGUUGUCCAGAUACAGUAUGAAUGAUUAACCUAUUAAACUGGGGAUAAAAAAAACUAAUAUGAAAAGUUGUUAUUCUAAAAAUCUUCAUCUACCAGCAUAUUAAAGUUAUACCAGCAAGAAUUAGUCUUUAUGUAGAAAACUAUGAUUUAAAUCAAGCCUUACUGACUAGUGAUUUAAAUCGUGAUUUAAAUCAGUUUGAUUUAAAUCAAAUCCACCCUGGCCACAAUGCUCGUAAUUAAAAACAAGUUAUAAAAACAAAUAUUCCACCCUCAGAUAUGGUAAGUGUAUAAAUAGGACCUGCAAAUGUGUAAAUGAGUUAUAUAAUGAAUGCAAUACUGGGAAGGUAACAUUUGAAUUCAUUUGGUGGAGUAUGUUGCUUUUCUUCCAACAUUCCAUGCUUCCUCACACAAAUAAUGAAUCUUACUUGUGAUGCAGGUCUCUUUGCAAUGCUAUGUAUUAAGGCUGUAAUGCUGUUAAUAAGAAGAUUUAAUGUAAUGCCAAGCUGGAAAAAUCAUAGCUGUUAAAACAUUUGAUCUUUAUACUUAAGAAGGUGAAUCACUUUGCAAGCCCAGUUGUAGUGACUGCCUUAAAUAUUUGUAUCUCCUCUUUGUUCUACAUCCUCUUUUAUUUUAAAUUUUCUUUUUUAAAUAGCUAAGCACAGUUCAGAAUGAUGUACAAUUAGCAAAAUGACUAAUAUAUGUAUUACUUGGUUAUACAUAUUGUAUAAACGGUGACCAUUUUGCACAGGGGUUCCAUUCCUGGGCCCCCUGCACAUGUUGGCGGAACGCGCAUAAGGAUGCCCUGCCCUGUUCCGCCCCUGUUCUGCCCUCUUCCAGGUCUAAAAGGACCCAUGUGUUGUGCAUCAAUUGGGCACACCUAAAACGGUCACCAGGGACCCAGGUGGCGCUGUGGGUUAAACCACAGAGUCUAGGGCUUGCUGAUCAGAAGGUCGGCAGUUCGAAUCCCUGCAACGGGGUGAGCUCCCGUUGCUCGGUCCCAGCUCCUGCCCACCUAGCAGUUUGAAAGCAUAUCAAAGUGCAAGUAGAUAAAUAGGGACCGCUCCGGCGGGAAGGUAAACGGCAUUUCCGUGUGCUGCUAUGGUUCGCCAGAAGCAGCUUUGUCAUGCUGGCCACAUGACCUGGAAGCUGUCUGCGUACAAACGCCAGCUCCCUCGGCCUAUAGAACGAGAUGAGUGCCGCAACCCCAGAGUCGGACACGACUGGACCUGAUGGUCAGGGGCCCCUUUACCCUUUAAAACGGUCACCAACUUUAUGUGGUUUGAGACUAUUCGGAUCCUGGUAGUUUGAGCUGCUACAGAGAAUGGGCCAAAAAUACUUUUGGUAUGUUUUCCUUAAAAUCCAAACAAUGCAAGUAAAGUGUAUGCCCUUGAGUUAUUCUGCCUUAAAAUAUUUUAAAGUAUUGCAAUAAACACAUUUUCCAUGUAAAGCUUUGAAUUGUUUGGACAUAGCGUUACAAGUAACUCACAAUUUAUGCACAUUUAACUUGUGCACAUUCAGCUUAACAUGCUUGGCAAAUCUUUUUUAAAAAAAAAUAUUGGAAAGGGGGUGGGUGUCUGGCGAAAAAAAGACUUUGACAAUCCCACUUGCCAUUGAACCAAAUGUAUUUUCACCAUUCACAAUUUUGGCUUUAAGCGCUAUCGCCAGAACGAAACCCCCACGUAAGUUGAGAGUCAUCUCUAUACUAGGGUGGAAUCUUGCAGUCCCAAGGACAGCAUCCCAGGGCCAUUGGAUAACUAUAUAUUUCUCACAGGGCUUCAGUGUGGGACAGUCAUUCUCUCUCUGAUUCCACCCUUUCCCAAUCAACAUCUCCAAGGGAUGUGUGUUGGGGGGAUUCUAGGAAGUUUAUUGCAUCUAAAUGAUACAAAACCAUUCCAGUGCCCUGAUACAUCCCCAAAGAAGUUGAGGCAUAUUUCUGAGCGUGGUGCUAGAGAAAACUUCUUGGUACUUAAUCCAUUAGGCGGUUUUUUAUGAAACUUCCUAUUUGUUACAUGCAUAAGCCCGUAUGUUGUAUAAGCCCCUCAGAUAUUCCUAGCCCACCUUAUGCUCCCUGGUGAAAAACAAAACUAUGAUGAACCCGUGAUGAAUCUGCAUUGUUCUUGACUUCCAUGUCUUUAAACCUUCACAGGUAACCUAAGCUGUGUGACGAUGAGCUUAGGAAGGAAACGUUCCAUAAGUUUAUAAAGCAGGGGGAGAUAAAUGUUGUAAUUUCUGUGACAUGAGCUAACCUCCAGUUUUCUUCAUCUAGGGCUUGAGACAAAGCUUCAGGCAAGGCUCUUGGGGACCUGACACUAUGGAGACAGAAAGCGAGCAAAACUCAAAUUCUGCUAGUGGCAGCUCAAGCUCUGGAGGAAGCACUCGCCCUCAGAUCUCUCAGAUGACUCUAUAUGAGCGGCAGGCGGUGCAGGCGCUUCAAGCACUACAGAGGCAGCCCAAUGCAGCCCAGUAUUUCCACCAGUUUAUGCUCCAACAGCAGCUCAACAGUGCUCAGUUACACAGUCUGGCUGCAGUCCAGCAGGCUACAAUUGCAGCGAGCCGUCAGGCAAGCUCUCCAAACACAAGCACUUCUCAACAGACAGCUACUACACAGGCUUCGAUUAAUUUGGCUACCACAUCAGCUGCACAGUUAAUCAGCCGUUCGCAGAGUGUGAGUUCACCUAGUGCCACAACCUUGACACAAUCGGUGCUCCUUGGUAACACCACAUCACCACCUCUUAACCAGUCACAAGCUCAGAUGUACCUUCGGCCGCAGCUGGGGAACCUGUUGCAGGUGAACCGGACCUUGGGCCGCAAUGUACCUCUUACCUCCCAGCUCAUCCUGAUGCCUAACGGGGCCGUGGCUGCUGUUCAGCAGGAGGCACCACCCACUCAUUCUCCUGGGGUCCACACAGACACAGACCAGGUGCAGAAUUUGGCUGUCAGAAGUCAGCAGACCUCAGCAGCUAAUGCACAGCUCCAGGCUUCUGCGCCAAAGGCUGUUUUAUCCGGGAAUUCCCAGUCUUCAGUACUACCCCAGGCCACCCAUGCUGGCCAGACCUUGACAGUGACUCAAGCCACUUCUGGCAAUGUUGGCCAGUCACUUAAUCUCAGUCAAGGGGCAGCAGGAAGCAAUGGCAUCUCUGGGGUUGUGGCAUCCUCAGUGGGGAGCCACGCUACUUCCGGGCUGAGCCAAGCAGCCUCAUCCAGCCCAGGGGGCAGUUGCCAGAGGAAGGGUACUGGUGUAGUUCAGCCUUUACCGGUGGCUUCUGCUGCCCAGGCAGUGACUGUGAGCCAGGGAAGUCAGACGGAAGGAGAAAAUGCAGCAGCAAAGAAGGCUGAAGCAGAUGGCAAUGGUCAACAGACUGUAGGCAUGAACUUGACCAGGACAGCAACACCAGCCCCAAGCCAGACCUUGAUCAGUUCUGCCACAUAUACCCAAAUCCAGCCUCACUCGCUGAUCCAGCAGCAGCAACAGAUUCACCUCCAGAAGCAAGUAGUGAUCCAGCAGCAAAUCGCCAUCCAUCACCAGCAGCAGUUCCAGCACCGCCAGUCCCAGCUCUUGCACACUGCCACACACCUCCAGCUGGCGCAGCAGCAGCAACAGCAAGCUCCGCCCCUGGCCCAGCAGCAGCAGGGGCCAGCGCAGGCUCAGCAGCAGGCCCCGUCCCUCCAGGGCCAACAGCAAGCCCAGACCCUUGUCGUCCAGCCCAUGCUGCAGUCGCAACCUCAGCCGGUGCAGCUCCAGCAGGAGAACCUCUGCCAGGCAGCUACUAAGACGCCUGUCCCCAUUCAGUCGAAGCCGCCCAUAGCCCCCCUCAAGCCUCAGCAGCUCGGGGCCGCCAAAAUGUCGGCGUCCCAGCAGCCCCCGCCUCAUAUCCCAGUGCAGGUUGUUGGCAGCCGCCAGCAAGGUUCAGCCCAGGCUCAGGCACUGGGUCUUCCACAGAUGAACACAGCAGUGCAGGCCCCCCGGGGUCUGCCAGCCGUAGUCCAGCCGGUGUCCCAGGCCCACACGGCAUCCUCAUUGUCCCAGACCUCUUCUGCCUCCUUUUCUUCUUGUUCUCCUCCUCCUCUACAAGAAGCCCCUCCACUGCUCACUUCGGGAGUCAAUGUGGCCCAAGUGCAGGGCACGACCCAGGUGAAGAAUACGGUUUCCUCUCCCGUCAUGGCUCAGGCACAAACAUCCGCCUACUAUGUGCAGCCUGUCCAGUUACCUAGCAAACCACAGACUUUGGCAGUCAAGCGCAAAGCAGAAUCUGAAGAGGAGAGGGAUGACUCCAGUGCACCACCUUCUCUCCUGCCUGCUAAGUCGUCUCCUGUGGCAGAGAGUCCCAAAGGCACAGAAGAUAAGGGGGGCCUUGGAGGUGAAGGGAACAGGGAUAAAUCUGAGUCCCUCCCCAGUGCCUCCCCCAAUGCACCUCCAAGUGGCUCCAGCUCUGUCACUCCUACAACUGCUCCUAUGCCUACCUUAGCCAUGUUGUCACGCCAAACGGGAGAUUCCAAACCUCCGCAAGCCAUUGUCAAGCCUCAGAUUCUUACGCACGUCAUAGAGGGCUUUGUUAUCCAGGAAGGGGCAGAACCUUUUCCGGUGGGCUGCUCUCAGCUCCUAAAAGAAUUUGAAAAGCCCCUUCAGGGAGGUGUUCCCUCUAGACAAACUGAGAACCAGCCUAGCAACUCCCCAGGAGGGGAAAGUAUUGCUGCAGAGCAAGACAAGAAAGGGAAUCUGCUGAAAUGCGAGUUCUGUGGAAAAUAUGGCCCAGCCAAUCAAUUCCGUGGUUCCAAAAGGUUCUGUUCUGUAACAUGUGCCAAGAGGUAUAAUGUGGGCUGCAGUCACCAACUUCGGCUGCAAAGGAAAAAAAUGAAGGAGCUCCAGGAAGCGAACUAUGCCCGACGGCGACGGGGGCCUCGGCGCAGCAGCUCAGAGAUUGCCCGAGCCAAGAUACAGGGCAAGCGUCACCGGGGCCAAGAAGACUCUAGUAGAGGAUCUGAUAACUCCAGUUAUGAUGAAGCAUUGUCCCCAACAUCUCCAGGGCCCCUUUCAGUGAGGGCUAGUCAUGGAGAGCGAGACCUUGCCAGCUCCAACAUGUCUCAGCCUACCCCUGACCUCCAUGGCAUCAACCCGGUCUUCCUCUCCAGCAACCCCAGCCGCUGGAGUGUAGAGGAAGUGUAUGAGUUCAUUGCAUCUCUGCAAGGCUGCCAGGAGAUUGCGGAGGAGUUUCGGUCGCAGGAGAUUGACGGUCAGGCUUUGCUCCUACUGAAGGAAGAGCACCUCAUGAGUGCCAUGAAUAUCAAGCUGGGUCCUGCCCUCAAGAUCUGUGCCAAGAUCAACAUCCUCAAAGAGACCUAGUAAAGCAAGAAGCCAGAGGUCUCCCCCUCUUCGCGCUGGAACCGUUUCAAGCUCUCAACACUGAAUUGAGGGAAACUGACCUCUCUUAAAAGCCAGUCUUGGUGCUACGUGGAGGAAGUAUAUCUCCCCAGGAGGCCUUGAAAAACCUCUUCAAGAAUAUCUCGUGUUGCCUGAAAAUUAGCCCCUGAAUUGUUCUGGUGGCAAUACAGCAAGGAUGAUGAGAGUUCUCUGGUGAGGCUUCCCAGAGGAAGGGCUGAGAAGGACCUUCCCUCUUCUCAGAAUUAGAGUUGCUUUUGUUUUCUCAUUUUCCUUUCCAUGCGGUCUUUCCUCCUCCUACAGAGAUUCAUUUUUCCAAGGGAACCAGUUAGUGCUGAAGUUUGGGAAUGGGUUCUCUUGAUGAGGGGAAGUUGGAAGAUCCUUUAAAUGACGCCUUUCUCAGUUCGUAGCGUCACGUGGAAGUAAGUAGCAAACUGACCCCGUACAGAACACUGGAAAGUGUUCUGGAUCACUUAAGGAUUGGAGCUUGUUCAUACCUAAAUAUGACCCUUGCCAAGACAACACGAGCACUUCUGUGAUAUCAAGGGAUUUUUUUAAAAAAAGAAAAAACUUUAAUUCCCCAUGUCUUGUGGAGGUGGAAGAUGCCAUUCAAUAUCCAAAGGAGAAUCCAAUUGUACUGAAGCAUCAUUUGUUUCCAUCUUGCUUUUGAAUUUUUUCUUUUACUAGUUUUGUAUCUUGCCCUCCCCCCCGAGAGCAUAUGGGACAAAGCUUCUUCUAGCAGGUUUGUAUCUCCUGUCAGAAGCCUGUUUAUUUUUGUUUAUUAUACAAAUAUUCUCUUCAGUAAAAAGAAUGCUUCAAAAAUUAAGUUGCUGGUCCUCUCGUGGCCUGAUUUUUUUUCUCCCCAACUUUCCUGAUACACACCAGUGCAAUAAGUUUCACUUGGAGAUGUAUGGCAGGUUAAAAUGAAGGCAAGCUUUGUUGCUGUUCAUGUUAAAUCAUUCAAAAGUAGGGUACAGCUUUGCUUUUAACUUCAAAAGGGAUUUGUUACAAUUCAUACAGAGCAUGUUCAAAAUCUUAAGUUUUGAUGUAACCUGUAUGUCUGUCUCAAAGUCUGUACCUUUCAAAUUUUAUGUUGUGUCUGACAGUUUAUACUAGGGCAGGUGUUUCCACUGUUCUGUGCUUGCAUAUUUCAGGCUUGUUCCAAUCAGUGGUGAUAUCUAGUACUAAUCAUUACCCCUUUUGAAGUAUGACUCUUCCAGUAAUAGGUUUAGGGCAGUUUACAUUAUCUGCUGGAUGAUAGCCAUGGCUUUUGGUCAAGGAUGUGUUUUUCCAUCCCUUUUUCCAACAACUGUUUUUAACAGUUUUUUAAAGCAGUGUAAUUGGAGGAGGGGGACAUAUACUGAGCAGGGGAGCUAUGGAGAAAGCUUUACUUGUACUUAUAAAGCUAGGUGUAAUAUUUGUCACUGUAGAUUGCAGUUAAGGAUACUGACAUUUGUUAACUGUGUUAACUUCAAAUCUGAGAUUGAAACUGUAUGUCCUCUGCUACAGUUCUGGAACACUGAACAAAAUUUAGCAAUAUUUCUUGGAGUAUAGUAGUUUAAAACAAUUAAACCUACCUUGCAAUCA